AUGUCAUAUCCACUCACGCACUCUUCAAUGAUAAGUUCUGGUUAACAACAUAAUUAAUAGCCAAUGAUGUAGGGUAAUGAGUUGGGUAGUGAGUAGAUGGGAAUUUAGAAUGAAUCUCAUUAGGCUUUGAGUGAUUUGAGUAAGCAGUUGCUUAAUCAGGACCACGGGAGUGAAUUCCAAAAAUAAAACUUCCCUCUAGAUCAAAGAUCAGAACUAUAAAUAACAGAAGUCCUUACAAAAACUCGCAGAAAAGAGCUAGAAGCUGCCUUAAAGAAGACAACUUCUGAAGAUCAAUUAAUUUUAUAAAGUAAAUUAAAAAGAAAGUAGACGAAGAGCUCUAGAGGAUCAUAGUAUCGUGGAGUAUCUAAAAAUGGGAAAAAAUGGCAGGUAUAAUUACUUGGAAAUCUAAAAAAACAUUAUAUUGGUUCGAUUUCUACAGAGAUCAAAGCUGCGAGAAUCUACGAUAAACACGCAAUACUAACUCAUGGAUUAAGAGCUAAGACAAAUUUCUAGUACACCAAAUCUCAAAUUGAUCGUAUACUUGAGUAAGAGCUAGAAAAUUCUGAAAUUGAAGACAUUAUCUCGGUAGACCAAAAUGAAUAAAAAACACAAGACGAGGAUUAUUAACUUUCACUUACAUUAUCUCUGCAAAACAAUGAUUUAAGAUAAUAAGAUGUUACAUAAUCUAGUAUUAUAUAUGAAAGCAAUAUAAUGGGAGAGCAAUCCUAAGAAAUUUACAAAACUUCUACGAAUUAAAAUUUCUGA